AAGAGAAAAGUAUGAAUUGAGGUGAAAGUGGCCUACAUGCUGAUAUGGCCUACAUGCUGAUAAAUUACGUUACCUAUUACUCCACUUCAAUUAUACUAUGUUCACGUCUACACCUGCUACGAUAAUAUCUCUUAAAAUACCUAUUGCAUAAUCACUCCUGUGGCGUAAAGUGGAUUUCGUAAAUACUCUUUUGGCAGGUGGAAGUACGCUGGUGCCUGGGCGGUUAAGCGCCAUCUCUCAUCUCUUACUACAUCACCAUAGCGAUGGCAGGAUACUUUCAAGCUCAGAGCUUGACUUUCUACAAAGAAUUUUAGUUCCUGAUUUCACCAUGUCUUUGCAAAACGAAGACGACGACACCUUUGACGUAAUAAUCGUCGGCGGCGGAACAGCAGGUAGCCUCCUGGCAGCACGCCUCUCAUCUACCCCCACUUUUCGUAUCCUCGUGCUCGAAGCAGGCCGAAAUCGCAACUCAGACCCCAAAGUCAGUACCCCAGGCCUUGCUGGUUCAUUACUUGGAAACCAGAAUUAUGAUUGGGGGUUUCGGACUGUGUCGGAGCAGGGUUUGAAUGGUAGAGUGAUUCUGCAGCCACGGGGCAAGCUAUGGGGUGGGAGUAGUGCGAUUAAUUCUCAUGCGUUGGUGUAUCCAUCGAGUGCAUAUCAUGAUGCAUGGGGAAGUUUAGUGGGUGCUGGGAACAGUUGGGAUUGGGAAGGGAUUGGGAAGUAUUAUACGAGGUUUCAAACAUUGCAAGCACCGAGCGAGGAGGUUAGGCGAGAAUUAGAGAUUGGAGACUUUGCGAUGGAGGGUGAAAAUGUCCGGAAGCAUGAUGAGAGCGAGUAUGAGGGAGGAAUUCAAGCUUCCUACCCUGUGACUUUACAUCCGAUGCAGAAAGCUUGGACGGAUGCGAUCCAAGAUCUGGGGUAUAGCUCGUCGAAGAACCCAGUUGAGGGAGGUGUUCUUGGAGGGUCUACGACAACGAAUGCUAUUGAUUCUUGCAAAGGCGAAAGGAGCCAUGCUGGGGUCGCAUUUUUGGAGCCGUCCACGAAACGAGAUAAUCUCGUUGUCAGAAGUAAUGUGCUGGUGAAUAAGAUUAUGUUUGGCGAGGAGAAGAGGGGCGGUAAGGUUGUUGCAACCGGUGUUCUUUACAGCCAAGAAAAUGGGAAGACUGUAGUUGUUCAUGCGAAUCGAGAAGUAGUGGUAUGUGCUGGAACAUUUGGAUCACCAAAAUUACUAGAGCUAUCCGGCAUUGGGCAACGUGAAAGACUUACUACUGCGGGUAUCGAAUGUUUUUGUGACCUCAGGGGUGUCGGUGAAAAUCUCCAAGACCAUCUAAAUUUUGGGCCUUCCGUUGAAGUGCUAGAUAAUAUCGAAACAGCAGACGUCUCUGCCCGUGAUCCCACAAUAACUGAAGCCGCCAAAAGGCUGUACGAAGCCAAGCACAUAGGUCGGUUAGCAGAAGGUGCUGCAUAUAGUUUCUCCUAUCUACCACUAAAAGCCUUCAACUCGGAAGAAGAAGAACGCGAGUUGUCAGCUCUCGUCAACAGAAUCCUCCUGGAAACCUCAUCAACAAUGAGCAAAGGACUACAGGCUCAAUACGAUAUCAUCAAGCGCAUAAUCCUCGACCCAGAAGAAGCAUCCUCAACAGUUUUCAUGACACGGAAACAACGAUACACUCCGAGUGCUACACCAGCACCCGGGAACUACAUGACAAUAUUAGCUAUGCUUUCCUACCCCUUCUCUCGUGGAAGCUCUCAUAUCACAACUGCCGACGCCAGCGAGUAUCCUGAAAUCAAAAUCAACUACCUCGAACAUCCCUUGGACGCCGAAAUCCUAUCUCGCCACAUCAUCCAAAUCGGUCAAAUGCUAGAACAGCCCAAGUUAUCUGCGCUUCUCAAGCCAAAUGGUAACACCUUACCGAGUGGAUUUCCUCGCCGCGCCAAAAGUGUAGAGGAGGUGACGCGCUACAUUCGCCAAUUCGGAGCAACGAAUUAUCAUCCUGUAGGAACUUGUGCUAUGAUGAGUGAGGAUUUGGAUGGGGUUGUUGAUGAGAAUUUGAUGGUGCAUGGAACGGCGAACGUGAGGGUUUGUGAUGCGAGUGUUAUCCCGAUUGAGCCUCGUGGGAAUGUCUUGAGUACGGUUUAUGCGGUAGCAGAGAAGGGAGCGGAUAUUUUGAAGAGGGAUCUGGGGGUUUGAUGAUGUAGGUAUUAGAAUUGAAUAGAGCUAAAUUCAUGUACACGUAGUUAUAGGUUCUAUUCUAGAUAAUUUGACCUCUAAAUCCAUAUCUGAUAGGUCUAUAACAUCGAAAGGAAAAACAGUUCGAUAGUAGUAUUAUCUUAUCUGACGAUUCAAUCAU